CGGCACUGAUUACCGCCCGCUCCAGUUUCUUGCUCUCGACCGCCACUUCCGCGUCAAACGUCCCAAAUUUCUGUGUAAACGAUGCCUCCCAUCCGACCAUCAUCCAUAUCUGAACUCGCGGCCGAGGCCAAUGAUGAACGGGACAUCGCCGCUCCCCGCGACGCAUCGUUGAAGUACUACCUGCGCCGCGCAGACCAGCACCGAAGAGAGGCGCUCGCUUUGGUGGACGGCGCAGGCCGGGGACCGACAGCUACCAACCCGAAUGGAUCGGACGACCUCUGGGCCGAUAUGGAGGCCGCCUUCAUCCAAUUCGUGCGCGCCAUUUCAACGAUCAUUGACAAGAUCCCCAAGCACAAGGACUACAUGUCGGAAUUGUCAGAGACGCAGAGGAAGAAUCUAGAAACGAAUGGACACACGAUGCUGGAUAAUCUCUCCAGAAUCAAAACAGCCUUGGUGGACCGAUACGAAAAGUACCUCCUCUCCGAGAACAAGGACCCCAAUGCUGUGCCUGUCCGCCUAGCUAGAAAGAUGGCGGCGGAAUCUCGCACGGCUCCCGUUCAAGGGACACAGCCCCCCACUCAUCGGUCGCAGACGAAUCGGGCCAUGGCGGACGAAGCAGCUGCUUGGCGGAAACAACGGGAGGAAGCGCAGAGGAUGGAUCAGGAGAUGAAGGCGUCCUGGGCGGGCCCAUCGACCGCGAUCAGUACUGCAUCAGGUGCGGCUGCGGCUGCUGUCGCUGCAGCAAGAGCAGCAGCAUCGGCAUCAACGCCCACUCUAGGCAAUGGCUAUUUUUCAGCGUCAGCAUCGGCAUCAGGCGCCCCAGCUCGUGUACCCUAUGCGCCACAGCAACAAGCGCCUCCCGGCGCGUCGCUUCCUGUCUCCCUGAUGGGCAGCCAUGGGCAUCCGAUGGUCAGCGCCAGCGCGCAGGCCCAAGCGCGUCUUGCAUCAGUGCCGCCGAGUUUAGCUGGGCGCACGCAGGCUUCCCCGACGUAUUCCGUCCCACCUAUGAGCUACCCCAGUAGCUCUGGUGUGUCGUUUCCUGUUCCAUCAACCAGCGCCCGACAACCCGUUGCAUCUACAUCCAGGACGUCUCCCGUCGCCGGACCGUCAUACAACACAUUGCCUACGACAUACAACGCAUCACCUGCGAAGCAAUUCGUCACUCCUGGGCCGAUGCCGCUUCGGCCAUUGCGCGUGGAUGAUAGCGAUGGAGACGAGACCGACCGGGAGUCCAUGCGCAGCGGCUGGCGAGCUGGGUACUCGGUUCCACGCAACGCUUUAAACGACCUUGCAUCAGGCAUGGCAAACAUGGACCUGGGCGCGUUUCUCUCUGUAGUCAACUCACAACUCAAGACUGAUUCUUCACCCGCAGGCAGUACGUCGAAACACGUGGAAGUUGCCUAUCCGUCGUUGGCGAGAAGCAUGACUGUGCACCAGAAAGAGCAGGGCUAUGUACCUGCUUCUUCUGUCGCUCUUGAUGCGGCUCGAACCGCUGCCAACGCAUCAACGGCUGCACCGGCCAGCUACAGCACGUCCUUCGCUGCGCCCGCUGUCCCUCCGCUCCCACGAGAACUGCAGCGCAGCAACACCCUGUUUGAACGAGACCAGAGGCAGGCGCAAGCGCUGUCUGAGCAGCGAGAAAGGGAACGGAAAGAGCGAGAACGAGAACGAGAGCGUGCUGAUGCCGAUAUGGCGCAACGACUGCAAGCAGAGGAGCAGGCGGCAGCUGGAGGGAAGCCCAGACUCAAGACGUGUGUUCUGCCGAAGCGGACAAUCGACCGCUUCCUGGCUAUUGCGACGGUCAACACGUCACGGAAUAUGGAGACCUGUGGGCUGUUGUUGGGAAGAGAAAUCGUGCGAGAGAGCACUGGUCGAGCUCGAUUCGUCAUAGAGACGCUCCUGAUUCCGAAACAGCAUGCGACGAGUGACACAUGUACGAUGGACGAGGAGGAGAUGGUGCUCAUGUUCACUGAGGAGAGAGGUCUCAUCACCCUUGGCUGGAUCCACACCCACCCGACACAAUCGUGUUUCAUGUCUUCCGUCGACGUCCACACACACGCGAGCUUCCAGCGGAUGUUGCCCGAAUCUUUCGCCGUCGUCUGCGCACCGAAACACGAGCCCAAUUUCGGGAUCUUCCGACUAACGGAUCCGCCCGGAUUGGAGACCGUGCUUUCAUGCACAGCCAGGGAAGCGUUCCAUCCUCAUCCGGAUGUCCCUAUAUACACGGACGCUGACCGCGGGCAUGUUUUGCUGUCUGAUGGACAACUAGAGAUUGUUGAUCUGCGAUGAUUCCCGCUCAUCCAUCGCUGUAUCACUUACAAUGUACUCCCCAUCAUAAUAGUACUGCUGGCGGCCGGCAUGCCAUUCGGCGACAUCGGUCAAAGCGCGGGAUAUGGUGACGUCAUUACUUCACGGCGGCAUCACCACCGGCUGGUUCUUGGCACAACAGGUAGGUAUUCAUUACCCGUUCAUAUAAAUAAUACAACGAGGAACAUCCUGGCACCUCAUGGAUCGGAUCUGAUGCUACAAAGCGCGAUUCAGAUCGCUCGGCCGAAUUGUACAACGCGACUAGACCGCCGAGAGUCGGUCACGACAACGAUCCGCGGGAUCUGCACAGUGCAUGCGGCGCUGCCGCUGUUGCUGCUCGAGUCCGAUGGCGUUGGGGAAGGUGAAGGCAGGAUCGUCGUCGUCGUCGAAAUCUUGUCUUCGGACCUGAACCACGAAAAGUGGUCGGUGGACGAGAAGGGGUCUAGAUUCCCUUAUAUGUUAAGAACCAAGCCGGUGGACAGAGGCUCAGAUAACGCACCCACUCGACCGGCGAGACUCUCACUCUUGUCCCCAGACCCCUUGGACUGGCGUUGUCGUCCCGACUCCGCAUCUCCGCCGCUAGCCAAGGGCUCGACUCUCCGUGCGCGGGCACGUAUCCGGAGCAAGUAGGCGAUCACCGCAAAAAAAAGGAAGAACGCUGUCAGACACAAAAGCACGACCAGCGCGAUGCUUCCGCCAUGCAUCAUCUUGGGCGCCGAAGAAGUGGGAAGUUGAAGAUAUGGUAUCUAGACUGGUAUUGUUCCCGAAUCAGCUGAGGAAACCACUGGAGCAUGU